CCUCAGCGCGUCUCCAGGGAACCGCGGUGGCGCUGGCAGAGUGGCCGCAGCGGCAGUGACAUCGAGCCAUGGCUAAGGACGGGUCAGAGCACAGCGGGGGGCACAGUAGCGACUGGUUCACUCACGAUGGACUGGAGCUGGGCGAGCUGGAAUCAGUAACAAGCUCUUCACUAAAGCAUGUCCUGAACUCCGUCGCCGCUGUGGGCCAGGAACACAGAAUGCCGCUGCAGUACAAAGCUCGGGUGCAGAAAGCAGGAAACAACAAUUUCCCAUUCUCUUCUCAUGACAACAGACAUGACAUAUGCAAUGCAGUCGAGUAUUUUGACCUGGGCAUGGGCGUGAGGAAGUUGGAUCCAGAGAAGCAGAGACAGAACUCCCAUAACUUCUUUGAGUGGUCUCGUGCGCCGGGACGGAGCAGCCGCGAGGGCUUCGUCACCGUGUACCAGAGCACGUUUGUGUCGGGUCAGAGCCCCGAAAAUGACGAGCAGUGUCACAGGCGCUACCCCAAACACCACUGCCAGAGCCACAGCGACCAGGAACAACGCUCCAGCACACCUGCUACUGAGGAUGAGACAGCCCUGAAGCCAUCCCAGACACCCGAGACACCCGAGACAUCUUCACCACCAAACACCUCUGGAACACCCACCGAGCAAGUGUGAACUGUUCACUAGUCAAACCAAUGGUGGAGGAAUAAACAUUGAGUAAAAUGCACCUGGCAGUACCUUGAGAGUUCAUUACCUUGCAUUGCUCUGAAUACAUACAUUUCUAGAAAAGCUUUAAAGAAGAGGAGCACCACCAUCCCUGGGCAGCCAUUCCAGAACUUUAUCACCCUUUCUGUAGAACAUUUUUUUCCUAAUAUCCAACCUAAAUUUCGCUUGGUGCAGCUUGAGGCUGUGUCCUCUGGUUCUGUCAGUGCUGCCUGGAGAAAGAGCCCAAGCCCACCUGAGCACAGGCACCUUUCAGGAGCUGUAGAGAGUGAUGAGGGCACCCCUGAAUCUCUUUUUUUCCAGGCUGAGCAUCCCCAGCUCCCUCCCUUCCCUCUGAGCAGCAGCUCAGUGUUCCCAGUGCCCCCAGCCAUGGGCAGUGGAUGGGGCUGGGCCCUUCCCAGUUAUAAGGAAAAACAGGAUUGUGCAUAUUUUUAGACAUAUGUCUGCUAGGGGAACACAGACAGGGAUUGUGCUUGUGUUACCUGAUACUGGGUGACCCUCAUCUUGAUACAAAAGCUCCUUCAGCUUCUGAGUCAGUGGCAGGGCUGUACCUCAGGCAGCUGACACAGGAGCAUAAUGGACCUGGAUCCUUGAGGGAUUACCACAGCAGGGAGCCAAACCCCUGUGUGUUCAGGCAAGAGAGAAACAUUUCGGAAAGGUUUCAUGGCUGAGAAGGCAGGUGAGCAGCCAUUAGAGAAAGUAGAUAAAAAAAAAGCUGUGCAUUAGAUUGCUGUGCAAAAUCAGUGUCCUGUUUGGUAAAAGCACAGCAGUUGUAGAAGUGAAAAAAGAAAGAGUGUUGUGAACAACAUUUGUGCACUCAAAAAUUUGAUUCAUGGCUGUAAGGGGGAAAAAUCUUGAGCUGAAGUGAAAGGCUGCAUGGAGGAUUGAGUUGGGGUGGACUGGAUCUUAAAAAGAGCUCAUGAUUUUAUAGUUACAUGUCCCCAAGGAAGAUAAUUCAAACCCAAUCCUCCAAGCACUCUGCUCCCAGAACAUUCACUGGAUGUGGCAGGCAGUUGAGUCACACCUCGAGUCAGACCUCCAGAUGAUGUGUUUUCCUCUUCUGGAUCAUUUCCAUUAAUAUCAAUAAAAUAAUAAGCUAA